GCCGGCUCGCCUUUCCCUUCUCUCCUUAGCCGGUGACGCCGCCGCGGCCCCGGGCAACCAGCGCUUGCACACACACACCCGCGCGCUCGCCCCGCUGCUCCUCCAGCUCCUCCCGCACCCGGGGCCGAAGAUGGCGGCUCUCAAACUCCUGUCCUCCGGGCUUCGCCUCUGCACCCCGGCCCGCAGCUCGCGGGGCGCCUGGCACAAGGGGUGUGUCUGCUACUUUUCUGUCAGUACUCGUCACCACACCAAAUUUUACACAGAUCCAGUGGAAGCCGUACAAGAUAUCCCUAAUGGUGCCACCUUGCUGGUUGGUGGUUUUGGGCUGUGUGGAAUUCCAGAAAAUCUUAUAGGAGCUUUAUUGAAGACUGGAGUGAAAGAUCUAACUGCAGUCAGCAACAAUGCAGGGGUUGACAACUUUGGCCUGGGUCUUUUACUUCGAUCCAAGCAGAUAAAACGCAUGAUUUCGUCCUACGUGGGAGAAAAUGCAGAGUUUGAGCGACAGUACUUAUCUGGUGAAUUAGAAGUGGAGCUAACACCCCAGGGCACACUGGCAGAGAGGAUCCGCGCAGGCGGGGCUGGAGUCCCUGCCUUCUACACCAGCACCGGGUAUGGGACGCUGGUACAAGAAGGAGGAUCGCCCAUAAAAUACAACAAGGAUGGCAGUGUUGCCAUUGCCAGCAAGCCGCGAGAGGUGAGGGAGUUUAACGGACAGCACUUUAUUUUGGAGGAAGCCAUCACGGGAGAUUUUGCUUUGGUGAAAGCCUGGAAAGCGGACCGGGCAGGAAACGUGAUUUUCAGGAAAAGUGCAAGAAACUUCAACUUGCCAAUGUGCAAAGCUGCGGGAACCACCGUGGUGGAGGUUGAAGAAAUUGUAGACAUUGGAUCAUUUGCCCCAGAAGAUAUCCACAUUCCGAAGAUUUAUGUACACCGCCUUAUAAAGGGAGAAAAAUAUGAGAAAAGAAUUGAGCGUUUAUCGCUCCGAAAGGAGGGAGCUGGAAAAGCCAAACCUGGUAAGCCUGGAGAAGAUGUCAGGGAGCGGAUCAUCAAGAGAGCUGCUUUGGAGUUUGAGGAUGGCAUGUACGCUAACUUGGGUAUAGGAAUACCUCUUCUGGCCAGCAACUUCAUCAGUCCAAAUAUGACUGUUCAUCUUCAAAGUGAGAAUGGAGUCUUGGGUUUGGGGCCAUACCCACUACAACAUGAAGCUGAUGCUGACCUCAUCAAUGCGGGAAAGGAAACGGUUACUGUUCUCCCAGGAGCCUCUUUCUUCUCCAGCGAUGAAUCAUUUGCAAUGAUUAGAGGGGGACAUGUCAAUCUAACAAUGCUGGGAGCAAUGCAGGUUUCUAAAUAUGGUGACCUGGCCAACUGGAUGAUACCUGGGAAAAUGGUGAAAGGAAUGGGAGGAGCUAUGGAUUUAGUGUCCAGUUCCAAGACCAAAGUGGUGGUCACCAUGGAGCAUUCGGCAAAGGGAAAUGCACAUAAAAUCAUGGAGAAGUGUACAUUACCACUGACGGGAAAGCAGUGUGUCAACCGCAUUAUUACAGAAAAGGGUGUGUUUGACGUGGAUAAGAAGAACGGGCUGACACUGAUUGAGCUCUGGGAAGGCCUGACUGUUGACGACAUAAAGAAGAGCACCGGCUGUGACUUCGCAGUUUCACCAAAACUCAUACCAAUGCAGCAGAUCUCAACUUGAAAUGUGGAGUAGACAUUUGUCCCAAGAUGCUAAGAUUUCAUUUUGAACACAUAGGAUUUAAUUGAAAGGAUGUCAUAAUCAAAAUUAUGUAUUUAACAAGAAGUUUUGACUAGUUUUCUUCUAGUAUCUCUGGAUUUGUGCAGCCAUAGACUGUUCUUUUGAGUGUGUUCUAACAUUUCCAUGAAAAAGAAAAGGAAGACAUUUCAUUGAGGUCUUGUUUCAUAAGUGCUAAGAAGGUUGUCUUCACUAUUGGUGCUCACAUUGGAUGUGUGUUCAUCUUUUAUGCUGUAUAUACUAGACCGUGACUUAGCAGUCCUGAAAGAAAAUUUUCAUGUGAAUUUGUGAUUAGGCAGAAUACUUUUUCAUGACUAUAUAUCUUUUACUUUCCUCUUUUUUUGAGAGAAAGAUCUGAUUUGGUGAUUAUGCUUGCCUCUUUAGAACAUCCUCCUUACCUCCACACUUCUUAUAGUGAAAUAUAUCUAAUUAGAUACCCAAGAAGGCAAACAGGGAUGUCUCUGGGAGAAGUAAGCAGAAGAAAGAACAAGGCAUAGGAUCUACCAGUGCUGGCAUCCCACCAGACGUUGCCUUUAUAGACAACCAACUGUCUACCUAUGUGCACUAACAACUGAGGCUAACUAUGGGAAGAGGACUAGAAACAUACUUAAACUAGUUCUUCUAUUUUAAGUGCCAUGCUAUGUAUUCAGAAGACUCUAUUUCUGUUAUUGAGCCCUGGUGUUUACUUAUACAAUAUCUCCUAAGCAAAGAAGAACUGUGGGCAAUUUAUCAUGAGUCCUAAAUCACAAUGGCAGCAGAAUUUACAAAAAACGUUCUUCCAAGAUAUUUCUCUUUUAGGCUCUCCAUUCUGCUCAGCAAAGAUUCUAAACCGUGAAUGACUUUUUCUACAGAACCCUGGUAUGUCCUCUACUUAAGCUACUUCUCUUAACAGAGUGCUAUUACUUUAGCCUUAUGUGAGUAGGAAAAUGAUGGGAGAGUCUCAGAUCUGAGUAGUCAGCAAACUCUUUGUGCUGGGAAAUGAACAUGGUGGCUUGGGUUUAUAAGGGAUGCUUCCCCAGAAGUAGCCUCAGUACCAGACAGUUGCCCAGAAGCGUCAAUUCAGAAGCUCCCUCGGUAUCAGAUGUGUGAAAGUCUAGGCACCCUGAAGCCAGGCUGGACAGCUGGUGUCUACGUGGUGAAAUAUACUGUUCUUAUGUUACUAGUUAUAGGAAUGUAUGCAUGUUUUAGGUGGUGGUUGUCAUUAAAACUCACUUCUCCUCAAGUAUAGCCACAGCUAUCCUGUACAGUUUGUGAAGGAGAAGACAGGCUUUUCCCCCAUAAUACUCUCUCUGUAGUACUGCUUUUCUGUCUGGCUGCAUGGUUGAAAGCAUCCACUGCCAGUACUGAUAAGAAGAACCCUUCUUAGAAGGCACAAGGUCCAUGAGAGUAAAUAUGUCUAUGUUAGAGUCAACACUUGAAAAUAUUAUUAUUGUUGAUAUUGAUAUGUCUUCAGAUGCACUUGCUUAUCAUUCCAGUCUGUUACUUUAAGACAAGGGGAUUCUAAGAAUGUUCCAAACAUUGUCAACGCAUGAAUAGAUAACUUAAGAUUCUUGCUCAGAGUGCCAUGAUAUUUUUAAAAAUCCGUUAAGUGCUACAAUAAAAAUUGCAAAUUGACAGA